AGAAGCGAGGACAGGGGAGGUAGAGAAGAGGAAAGCUGAGAUCUUUUUCUACUCUGACAGAUUGCUUCUGUAACAUCAUUGAAUAUUGAAACAGGUAUCUCGCCGGAGAUAACAGCCGGAGUCUUCUUUUUUUGGCGAAUUUGAGGUUGGUGAAGGGCGAUGACUGAUGAGUGAUGCGAUUAAUCUUGUGGCUAUAAGUAAUUUAUUAUCACAAGUUAAUCGGAGGAGGAAAUAUAAGAGAUGGAUAGAACCAGAGAAGCGAGGAGAGUCACCAUGGCCGCCGCCACCACCACGAAUGGGGGCCUUCCAAGGAGGAGACACAGGAGCAGCUCUCUCAGAGAUUCACCAGAGGACGACGGUCCGGUGGAGUUACAAGAAACGGUUAGGCUAAGAGAUCGAGGGAGCGGGAAGAAAGAUCGAGAUCGAGAACGAGAAAGGGAACGGGACAGAGAGCGGGAAAGGGAAAGGGAGAGGGACAGAGACAGAGAACGGGACAGGGAUCGGUUGAGCAGAACCAGCAAGAGGCGGAGAGGGGAUAGAUUGAUAAGCAACAGAGAAGACGGUGUCGAAGACAGUUCGGAGGAGAGCGUUAACGACGAUGAGGAAGACGAUGACGAUGAUGGAGGUGGCGGUGGAUCUUCCGUUAGGAUGCUUCCCCCGAACGCCGGGCCACUGUCAUCUUCGUCCUUGAAUCACCACCAUCAUCAACAGCCACAUCAUCAUCGGAAGAGCUUUCCACAACCGGCGAAAGUUUUUAAAGCAACGCCGCCUGCGAUGACAUCAACAUGGAAAGCCGCGGAUGAGAUGAUUGGGGUGUCGGUUCCUAGAAAAGCUCGGUCAGCCUCAACAAAGAGGUCUCACGAAUGCUGGUCAUCAAGUGCUGCGGGUGUUAUAGGCGGAGAGCAAGUUCACCGGCAAGCUUCAACAUCACCUGUGAGACCAGGCGUCCAUGGGAUGUUGGCGUCUCCACCUCCGGCUCCGGCAUCACCGUCUUCUUCCAAUGCUUCAGUCAGGAAGAAGAUGAAGCCUAAUAAUGGACCAAAACAUAGGCCACCAAAGACGGCUUCAAAGUCACCUCCUUCUGCCCAAGAUGAGAUUGAAAUUGAAAUUGCAGAGGUUUUGUAUGAGAUGGGGCGGCCUCAGGGUCCGUCUAAGCAGGAUGCAAUUGGGGGUGAUUCGAUUAAGUUUGAAUCAAGAGAAGUGAAUAAACCCAGCGGUGAUGCUAAAUCCAGUGUCUCUUCCCCGAUCUCCAACUCAGCCUCUGCUGUUCCUCAGUCCUCUUCCAUUUUGCCUUCUAAUUCUAAUUCAUCUGCUACGCCCAUGUCUGCUACUGCUCCAAAGAGGAAAAGACCAAGACCAGUCAAGUACGAGGAUGAAAAUCCUUCCAUUUGCCCUGUUAGAAACGGUUCCAUUUCAUCUACCGCAAAGGUCGAAAUUGAUCAGCCUGCAAAAAUUGAAGCAACUUCUCCCACCUUGGAGAAGAAACCAGGAUCCGUAGCUGAAAAUGGUGGAAAUUCUUACGAUUUGAUGAAUUCACAAACUGCACCGGCUUCAUCGGAGCCGCAUGCGGAGCCGGGUAAGGCAGAAAACAGCGUGGUACCAGAUUCUAAGCCUUUGACAGAAGAAUUAAAAAGUAGAGAUGUAUCUGUCUCUAAAAAAGAUGAGUCUCGAUCACCCAAGAAGGAAUCUUUACCUCCUGCUAAUCUUCCCACUGGGCUCAGAUUGGAUGAUGAGCGUGAGAAAGUGACAGUGACGAAGGCGAAAUCAUCGGUUUGUGAAAGUGAGAGCCAGCGGGAAGAGAAGUUCCAGAUAGAUCUGAUGGCUCCUCCCCCGUCCAGAUCAUCACCGGAAAGGGACGGUGAGUUUGAUUUUGUUGCUGCAGAUCCAAAACCAAUGGCCACAAACGUUGGAACGGAAAUGAAGCCUGCCCUCAAGGAAGAUGAUAAGGGAGUAAAAACUAGCAAGGAGGAAACGAAUGCAGAAGGAGAAGAUAGAAAGAGAGCUAAAAUAAUAGCCGAAGAAGCUGAAUCCCAGAAGCCAGCAGUCAACCGAGAUAGGGCUAUAGAUCUCCAGCUAGACUUGGAGAAGUCUGAUAGAGAUGGUUCUGGAGCUGGCCUACAUGCCAACAAGCUAAGCCAGCAUGUUCAAAAGCAGCAGCAUCAACAACCAAGUACAGAGAAAGCUGCACAAGCUGGUUCCUUACCUUUGCCUAUGUCUAUGCCUGGCUGGCCAGGAGCUCUUCCUCCAAUGGGAUACAUGACACCUCUACAAGGAGUUGUAUCCAUGGAUGGAAGCACCGUACCUUCAGCGGCCAUUCAGCCUCCACAUUGGCUUUUUACUCAACCAAGGCCAAAGAGAUGUGCAACCCACUGCUACAUUGCUCGGAGCAUACACUAUCACCAGCAAGUUAUGAAGAUGAAUACUUUCUGGCCAGCUGCUGCUGGUUCAGCUUCAAUCUUUGGGGCUAAGGCCUGCAAUCUUAAUGUUGUACCCUCGGAAUUAAAUGGGAACAUUCCUGGUAGGGGCUUGAAUCCUAUACAGGACAAAGGUCAGGGUCUUGCUAUGUUUCCAGGUCAUGUUGGCAAAGAUAAAGGUUCCCAAGCUGCCAACAUGGUGGAUGCACAAAGAAAGCAAAUUCUACUCCAGCCGCCAGGAGCACCUAGUAAUCUCUUGCCUGCCUCUGCUUUUAUAUUCCCUUUGAGCCAGCAAGUUGCUGCUGCUGCUGCUGUUGCUUCUGUUCGACCCAGUUCAGUGAAAUCUCCUCCAGUCACUGCUAGCACAGCUUUUUCAACCAUGUCCAACCCUGCCUCAGUGACUGCCACACCAACGGGUCCUGCUGCCGGCCCUGCAAUUAGCUUCAACUAUCCAAAUAUACCAGGAAGUGAAACUCAAUACUUGGCAAUCUUACCGAACAAUGCCUAUUCAUUUCCUAUUCCUGCUCAUGUUGGAGCACCACCUGCUUAUAGAGGAGCUCCUGCUCCGGCUAUGCUUUUUAAUGGAUCUUUCUAUCCUUCCCAAAUGCCCCAUCCUUCUCAGCUUCAGCAGCAGCAGCAGCAACAACAACAGCCACCAACUCAGUCACAGCAAAGCCAACAAGUUCAUCAAAAUACAAGCAUGUCCAGUGGUUCCUCGUCAUCCCAGAAGCACGUACAGAACCAGCAGCAACGGUCGCAUAGCAAUGUUGUUAGUGGUGGUGCUGGAAAUUUGCAAGUUUUUCCUGCCCCAAAAACCCAGUCAUCUCAGCAAUUACAGCCUCAGCAGCGACAGGGCCAGCAUAUUCCUCAUCAAUCCCGGCAACUUGAUGGUGAAGUAGGAAGUGAGGAUAGUCCAUCUACUGUUAAUAGUCGAGUGUCACUCACAAACAUUAGCACUUAUAAUCAGAACUUUACCAUGCAAUUGCAGCCUCCAAACUUUGCCUUGAUGAGUACCGCAUCAAUGGGUGGUUCAGGUACAAGUAAUCAAGUUGAUAAGAAGCAGCCACAGCCACAGUUACAGCAGCAGGGUUCCAAGGCUGGAGUUGAACCUCUUACAUCUCCAGCUUUUGCUGUGUCAUUUGCUUCGAUUAAUGGUGCUAAUGCUCCAGGCCUGGACAUCUCCUCCUUCACACAGAAUCAUUCUAUUCUUCAGAUUCCAGAGGCCACUAGGCAAAAUUAUCAGAUUAUGACCGCUGCUGCAGUUGCUGCCCAAGCGGCACAGCAGAAGAAGAAUUUGAAUGUUUCUGAAGAAGGCAAGCGGGGAACAAAUGAUACAUCUAAUGCCGAAGAAGAAAGGAAGUCCAAUGCAGGAAAUGUUUCAGCCACUGUUGGGCAGUCUAUUGCAUUCUCUAGACCAGAUCUCCCUGAUGCAUCUGUUUCCCAAAUACCUGGAAGUACAGUCAUUGAUAGCUCCACCCGAACCAUUAAUCAUGGGUCUGCUUCUGCUAGGGGUUCAGGUUCUAUUGUGCCAGCAUCUAUUGGCAAUGUUAAUGCUUCUAAUGCUCAGCAGCAAUCGCAGCGGAACCAGCAUCAGAUGCUUCAGUUUCAAAAGCAGCAGCAGCAACAGCAAUAUGUGGCUUCUGGUCGAAAUAAAAUGCCUGCAGCAAGUAAUGGUAGUGCAUAUUCUGAUCAUAAUCCCCCAUCUUCUAUGGCUUCCAAGUUUCAUCCGUUUUCCCAAAAUCUUGUUCAGAGCAGCAGCAGUCCAGCUCAAUCUCCUCAGUGGAAGAAUUCUGCAAGGACAACCCCUACACAGGUUCCUUCCCCAUCUAUGUCUUCAACAUCAUCAUCUGCCAAAAACCUUUCACAACAAGGCCGGCCACAGCAGAGCCACACACACAUAUCUUUUGCAUCUAGCCAAAAGUCAACUCAAGGACAACUACUUCCUAGUAGCACCCAGUCUCCAUCGCCUCCUGUUAUGGUUGGCUCUCCCACAACUUCAUCAAUAUCCAAGAGUGCUGGUGGAAGCCCGAGGACCACAGGUUCUACUUCCACAGGCAACAAAGGGGGUCAGGCUUCUAUGCUAUCAUCUCAGCAGGCAAAGAACUCACCAUCAGUGCCCAGUCGGAAAUCAUCUCCUAUUGGAGGGAGGAAUGUGCCAUCAAUCCUCGGAAACUCCCAUACUACUUCGUCCUUGAGUACUGGAACCAAGCCCCAAGUGGCACUACAGCAGCAGCAAAAACAUCCAUUGCAGCAACAACCACAACUGUUCUUCUCUAGUCCUUACAUGCAAGCCCAAGUUCAGCAGCAUUCAGGAACUACAACUUCAAGUGCAACUGCUGCGGGUGGAUACUACCUUCAAAGACACCAAAUUGAGCAACAGCAGCUGGCAAGCUCAUUAACAGCAUCGUCAAUGCCAAUGUUCUCAUUGCGACCUGUUACUCUUUCCAGCACCAACACUUCUGAUCCAUCAAAGGCAGCUGCUGCUGGUAAUGUGAAAGGUGGUGGCUUACCUUCCCAGGGACUUGUCCAAUCUGCUCAAUUUACCACUGUACAAUCUUCUGGAAAGCCACAUCAACUCAUGCCUGCUGGCUUUCCUUAUGUGAAUGCUGUUCCUGCUGCUGUUCAACUAAAACCAGCGGACAAGAAGCAACCCGCAGGUGAGUAGAACUCUGUCCGAUGAUGCUUCACAAUGCAGCCCCCUUCAUGGACCAAAAAUGAUACACAGACUAAAAGAUAUUUGUUGGGGGUUGGAAAUUUUUGAAGGGGACUCGGGUCUUUUUGUCGGGGCAAAUGACAAUUUGCAUGCCCUUCUCGCAGCUUGAAGCAGAUUUUAUUGUUGUUAAAUGGUUAAUGGAAGCAUUGUGAAGGGCAAUGUUAAUACCCACAAUUUUGUGAUGGAAGUACGAGGCAGUGGGCCAAAUUGUUCAUUAUGGAUAAUGCUCGGUAUGGUCAUAACGUCUGUGUUCAGCAGAUGUACAUUGGUGUUUAUGAUCUGACUAGGUUGAUCCCAAAGUCUAUUUAAAUUUGAUUGGUUCAAUGGGGUGGAGGUCCAGAAAAAGUUUGAUCAAAUGAGGGCAAGAGGAUGAGGAGAGGAAGGAAGAAGACCUCUCACCUUUACUUAAUCUUGGAGUUGUUAUGGAGGUUCCUUCUCUUAAUUCUUCUCUUGACUUUUUAUUAUUUUUUAGGUUUUCCUGAAAAAGAAGAUCGGUAAACAAUGUCUCUUUUUGACAUAUAUAUGCAACAGGGGUGUAUAUGUACAUGUCUGGCACAUAUAAGAAGAGUAAAACCCUCUCAAUCUUUUCAUCGAACUCUCUCUAUUUCGAAUGCCCACGUUAACUUUCCUGCUUUCCACAUAGAGUAGAGAGCUGGAAUCAUUAAACAUUGAAAUCUGAA